AUGGAAUCCAACUGGGAGCCAUUUAUGAAGACCAUCGCUGAUGAUUGGACCGUCGUACCAGACCCCGCCCAGCGCAAGCGGAUUCAAAACCGGCUGGCACAACGGGCAAGGCGCGCGCGGCUUGCUGGAAAACGAGGUCAAGCCAUAGCACAGUGCGAAUCUGACAACAUGGACGCGAGCGCCCCAUCUCGAGGAGAUGCUGAUCCAGGUCCCGGUCACCAGCAGUCAUCCACGGAUGUGUCAGGUAUGGCUGUGGCGGACAUGUCCGAGCUAAGCCCAUUUUGGGCCCAGUCCUCGUACCAGGGGCCCAUGGUGGACAGUCAUUUUAUUGUGCUGACUGACAUGACUGCUUGUGCAGCUCUGGCCGUCAUCGCCCAGCGUCUCGACCUUGACUGCCAGAUAAGGCCCGGCUUCCAUAUAAGGGCUUCAACUCAAAAUCUGCCUUCGCCUAUAACGCCGACCCAGCUGCAAAGAAGCGUUCCACACCGAUCCUACUUAGACAUGCUACCCUGGGCUUCGUUAAGAGACCGGCUUCUCAAGUCCCUCUCCGUCAUCAAUGAAGAUGAGUUUAUGCUUGAGAUGCGGAACGGAAAUCUCAGAAUCUGGGGAACCGUGCCUUGGGAGCCAAUGGGAUGGGAAGUUAGUAAAGAAUUUGCGAAAAGGUGGUGGUUUUUGAUGGACAAUGGGAUCCUCCAAACAACUAAUUUCUGGAGAUCUCAACGAGGAGAGAAACCUUUAGCUACUUUCACUCAGCUAUUCCCACAAAAACCUACCUACACCGAGGAAAGCAUACCCUCAUUAAAGGGUAAAGUCUUUUUCGUGACUGGUGGAACUAGUGGGGUCGGCCUGGCGCUGGUCGAUAUACUUUAUGCUAAAGGAGGCACGGUUUAUCUUCCCUGCCGAUCUACCACCAAAGCAGCACGGACUAUUAAAGCUAUACAAGCUGCUCACCCAGAAAGUACCGGCGAUCUACAAACUCUCGGUCUCGAUCUCAAUGAUCUCGAUUCGGUGGCAGCCUGUGCCUCUACCUUUCUGGCACGGGAGAGUCGCCUCGACGUCUUAUGGAACAACGCGGGCAUUAGCUACGCACCAUCUGAUGAGCUUACCGCUCAAGGGUAUGAGCCUCACAUGGGAAUCAAUUGCUUGGGCCCAUUUCUCCUCACCAAGCUCUUGCUUCCUGUCCUAAAACAAACGGCUAGUAUCUCUCCUGGACCUUCGACACGAGUCAUCUUCGUAGCCUCAGCCAUGGUGGACAUGGCGGCCCCGCUGGGAGGUGUGCCGCUGUCUGAGCUACUCCCUGGCAAUCAAUCUGUCGACCCGUCGCGUAAUUACGCAAUUUCAAAGACUGGGAAUUGGUUCCUUGCGUCCGAAUUUGAUCGCCGUACCAGAGCGGAUGGAAUUCUAUUCAUUGCCCAAAACCCAGGCAACCUGGUGACUAAUAUAUGGGAUCGUGUUCCUUGGAUUAUCAAGGCACCUGUCAAAAUCCUCUUGCACCCACCCAAACGAGGCGCUUAUUCGGAGCUCUGGGCUGGGCUCAGCACAGAGAUUAUGCUUGAAGACGGUGGCCGGUAUGGCGUCCCAUGGGGCAGAUGGCAUCCGAGCCCUAGGAGGGAUCUUCUCUCAAGCUUGAAGCCGAAAGAUGACGGGGGUACCGGCCUUGCGGCUGAUUUCUGGAACUGGUGCGACGAACAAACAAAGAAAUUUAUUUAA